UUGGGGUAAUUCCACCAUGUCUGCACAAGCGAAGCGAGAGAGACAGAAGGCGUCGGUGGAGAUUUGUUUGUUACUGAAAUGGAAAGAAACAAAAAAGAGCUCGAGAAAUAUAUACAUAUACAUGUCUCGAAAAUACACAGAGCAAAUAUAGGGAGAGAGAGAAGAAAGGGGGAGCGAGAGAAUCGCUUCGUAUAUAAGCCAUCUAAAGGAUCAGGGCCAACCCUUUUUCUCAACGGUAUAUAGACGCACAUUUAUCGGAUUACUGUGUGUAGAGAGAGAGAGAGAGAGAGAGAAAUUUAGAAAGAGAUAGGGAGAGGAGAGCAGAUAUUGAUUGUCUGUGUACAUGCGUGGAAGAAGAGGUGGACGGUCAUGGCUGAUGUAAGCGGUGAUUCUGUUUGCCUCGAUGUAGAGACGAUUUAUCUUGGCGGGAAGGAGCAUAUUAUACGAACUAGUAGUGGUUCUGUAUCAGUUAUAGUUUACGGAGAUCAAGAGAAGGCUGCGCUGGUUACAUAUCCUGAUUUAGCUUUAAAUCAUAUGUCGUGUUUUCAAGGGCUGUUCUUCUGUCCAGAUGCAGCCGCAUUGCUGCUUCACAAUUUCUGUGUUUACCACAUUAGUCCUCCUGGGCACGAGUUGGGAGCUGCUGCAAUCAGUGACGGUGAUCCUUUACCUUCUGUCGAUGACUUAGCAGAUCAAAUUUUUGAGGUGCUUGAUUAUUUUAGGCUUGGAGCAGUUAUGUGCUUGGGUGUAACAGCCGGUGCUUACAUCCUUACCCUCUUCGCUAUGAAAUAUAGGGAGCGGGUUAUUGGUUUGAUACUCGUUUCUCCUUUAUGCAAACAACCAUCUUGGAAAGAAUGGUUAUGCAAUAAGGUAAUAUCGAAUUUGCUCUACUACUAUGGUAUGUGUGGUUUGCUCAAGGAAUGUUUGCUCUACCGGUAUUUCAGCAAGGAAGUUCGUGGCAGUGUUGGAUUUCCAGAAUCGGACAUAGUUCAAGCAUGUAGAAGGCUUCUGGAUGAGAGGCAGAGCAAGAACGUAAUGAGAUUCGUUCAAGCGUUGGAGAGAAGGCCCGACAUAACCCAAGGCUUGAGGACACUGAGAUGUAGAACACUAAUAUUCGUCGGCAGCCUCUCCCCAUUCCAUUCGGAGGCUGUCCACAUGUUUGCCAAAAUGGACGAAAGACACACUGCUUUAGUCGAGGUCAGUUCUUGCGGAUCGAUGGUGACGGAAGAGCACCCUCAAGCAAUGCUGACAUCGUUGGAAUAUUUUCUGUCGAAUUAUGGCAUGUACCAGCCAAGCAUGUAUGGCGGGAGCCCGAGGAGCCCGUCGAACCUGCCGCGGAUAUCGCCGGAACUUUUCUCGCCGGAGAGUAUGGGAUUAAAACUUAAACCUAUCAAGACUCGUCCCAAAUGGGCUGUGGACAGAGAGAAAACAAGAUGGGAAUUCUUUGUGAGACAGUAGAGUGAGAGAGGGUUCUUUUUGGAUUAUUCAUAUUCGUUUGUGUUGAUGGUGAUAUUAUGUAUGUGUAAAUGAUGAAGGCGACAGACAUUUUGUGAGGCAGGAAUGAAUAACGGUGGAGGGAGAAAUUGAAAAACCAAACAAACAAAAAAGAGUUGUUGACAGACAAAUCUUGAGAUGAGCUGUCGAUUUUGUACUUUGUGAUUGCUGCCACCGGAAUAGCUGUCCACUUGUUUUGUUUUGGGCUUUUAAAAUUGACAACAAGAUUUGAUUAAAUAUUAUUUAUUGACAUUACAGUCUAUGUCACAAUCACU